AUGGCUGGGAUUCAGAAGACCUGGGAGGGCGCGUUCAGUCGCGGACUGGAGGAAAAUGUCUGCGAAGGAUACAACUUCUUGUAUGAGGAUCGGUUUUACAAGAAUGUCCCGAUUGGGGUCAUUGGUGUUUUCGAUACAGUCGGCGCUCUAGGCUUGCCCAACAAUACUUUGUAUGAUUUUACAAACUAUAACAGUACUGAGCACGGCUUUCAUGACACAGACGUGCAACCACAGCUUAAGCACGCCUUUCAAGCUCUGGCGCUAGAUGAUCAUCGAGCACCGUUCAGCCCCACACUUUGGCACCUUCCGACCCGCAACACCACGACCAAGCUGAUUCAGUGCUGGUGCCCGGGACGCCACAUUCAUAUCGGAGGAGGUAGCGAGGAGACAGUGCAGCAUGUGGGAGAUCUGGAAUCGAUGGCGAGCUUGUCACUGACGUGGAUGAACGACCGGGUUCGAGAGCACACGAACCUUCAAUUCGAGUCAUACGAGUUAACGCGUCUCUAUCAAACAUACAUCAACACCGUCCUUGACCUAUCGCAGCGCUCUUUCAAAAGAUGGGACAAGGCACACAUCUACAGCUAUGCUAAGGGUGACGGCAAGAACUACGACGACGAAGCUGACCCCGACAAUCGUACUGGCUAUGGUGGCUGGGGUAUGGGAUCCCGACCCGACAGUAUGACCUUCGAAUAUAUUCAUCCCGUGGUUGCAUAUGCCCUGGGCAAACCGUACCGGGAGGUCAACCAAGGACCGGUGCUACGCUAUCAGCCGGAAGCACUAAAGAAUUUUACCCGCGUGAAAGACCCGAAGACCCAACCACCGUCUUGCUCAUUCCCCGAUAUGCCGUUGUCGGAAGAUACAGAUAGUAACCUGCUGAACGAAAGAGACUACACGCGGGCCGACUGGCUGGCGUUCUUGGCUCCAAGAUUGUGGUUCCCUGAGCCGACUAUAGAUCACAUCAACAAAUAUCUGAAGGAGCACAAGGAAUCCAGGACUUUGAUUGAGAGUUUGACAGAGCGCGAGACGGAUUUACUCUAUCACCUGACAGUCAAGGCCCAGUCUCAGCUCACUCGUGUCUGGCAGAUGAGAUCCGUGGCCUUUAAGCUGAGGCAGAAGAUACCGUCGAAGGGAAAUGAGGAGAAUGUGAAGCUGAUGCUCGACACGGGAGCUCGCACCAGGAAUUCCUUGGCCCUGCUGGACCGAGGCGAGUUAUAUCCUGAAGAGGAGGCAUGA